CGCGGGAUUGGCUGCGGUACUCGCGUGUCAGGCGGUUGCUAAGCUCCGGCCGCGCGCCCCGCCCUCGCGCUCGGCGCCCUCUCACCGCCCGGCUCCGGGUGCUCAGGGAUGGAGCAGGUGUGCAGAGGGUGACCGCCCAGCUCUGGGACCACGCCGCUUACCUCCGUUCAUCGUGACACUCUCGGCUUGAGCAGACUUGACCCUGGAUGAGGAUGUCUGUGGGCCUUCCGCUGCCGCUCCCCCUCUCGGGGAGGACCUUUCUCCUUCUGUUCUGUGUGUCCGUGACUCAGUCCCACUGGCCGAGUGACCCUUCAGAGGCCAUCAGGGACUGGGAGAACCAGCUGGAGGCGUCCAUGCACUCGGUGCUCUCAGACCUCCCGGAGGCGGUUCCCACAGUGGUUGGCAUUCCUGAUGGCACAGCUGUCGUUGGGCGCUCCUUUCGAGUGACCAUUCCGACAGAUUUAAUUGCCUCCAAUGGAGACAUCAUCAAGGUAUCUGCGGCAGGGAAGGAGGCCUUGCCGUCCUGGCUGCACUGGGACCCGCAGAGCCGCAUCCUGGAGGGGCUCCCCCUAGACACCGAUAAGGGGGUGCACUACAUUGCAGUGAGCACGGCACGGCUGGGGGCCAAUGGGAGCCACGUGCCCCAGACCCCCAGCGUGUUCUCAAUCGAGGUCUACCCCGAAGACCACAGCGAGCAGCCGGCCGUGCGGACCGGGUCACCCGACCCUGGCGAGGUGGUUUCAUCUGCCUGUGCGGCGGAGGAGCCCGUGACUGUCCUGACAGUCAUUCUGGACGCCGACCUUACCAAGAUGACCCCAAAGCAAAGGAUUGACCUCUUGCGCAGGAUGCGGAGCUUCUCAGGAGUGGAGCUUCCCAGCAUGAAGUUGGUGCCCGUGGUGAACAAUAGGCUCUUUGACAUGUCGGCCUUUAUGGCGGGCCCAGGAAAUGCAAAGAAGGUUGUAGAGAAUGGGGCCCUGCUCUCCUGGAAGCUGGGCUGCUCCCUGAGCCAGAACAGCGUGCCCGACAUUCGCAGUGUAGAGGCUCCUGCCAGGGAGGGUGCUAUGUCAGCACAGCUCGGCUACCCCGUGGUGGGUUGGCAUAUCGCCAAUAAGAAGCCCCCUCUUCCCAAACGCAUCCGGAGGCAGAUCCACGCCACACCCACGCCUGUCACUGCUAUUGGGCCCCCAACCACAGCCAUUCAGGAGCCACCAUCCAGGAUUGUGCCCACUCCCACGUCUCCAGUCAUCGCUCCUCCCACAGAGACCCUGGCACCUCCAGUCAGGGACCCCGUUCCCGGGAAGCCCACAGUCACCAUUCGGACUCGAGGUCCCAUCAUUCAGACCCCAACUCUAGGCCCUAUCCAGCCCACUCGGGUAUCAGAAGCUGGCACCACGGUUCCUGGCCAGAUCCGCCCCACGAUGACCAUUCCCGGCUAUGUGGAGCCCACGGCAGUCGCCACUCCUCCCACAACUACCACCAAGAAGCCACGAGUUUCCACGCCAAAACCAGCUACGCCUUCCACAGACUCAACCACCACGACGCGAAGGCCAACCAAGAAGCCACGAACCCCCCGACCGGUGCCUCGGGCCACCACCAAAGCUCCCAUCACCAGAUUGGAAACAGCCUCCCCGCCUACACGCAUCCGCACAACCACCAGCGGGGUGCCCCGCGGAGGAGAACCCAACCAGCGCCCAGAGCUCAAGAACCACAUCGACAGGGUGGACGCCUGGGUCGGCACCUAUUUUGAGGUGAAGAUUCCGUCAGACACCUUCUACGACAAGGAGGACACCACCACUGAUAAGCUGAAGCUGACCCUGAAGCUUCGGGAGCAGCAGCUGGUGGGCGAGAAGUCUUGGGUGCAGUUCAACAGCAACAGCCAGCUCAUGUACGGCCUGCCUGACAGCAGCCACGUGGGCAAGCACGAGUACUUCAUGCACGCCACCGACAAGGGUGGCCUGUCAGCUGUGGAUGCCUUUGAGAUCCAUGUCCACAGGCGCCCUCAGGGGGACAGGGCUCCUGCGCGGUUCAAGGCCAAGUUGGUGGGUGACCCGGCACCAGUGGUGAAUGACAUUCACAAGAAGAUCUCCCUGGUGAAGAAGUUGGCCUUCGCCUUUGGGGACCGCAACUGUAGCACCGUCACCCUCCAGAAUAUCACGCAGGGCUCCAUUCUGGUGGAGUGGACCAACAACACGCUGCCCCUAGAGCCCUGUCCCAAGGAGCAGAUCACGGGGCUGAGCCGCAGGGUCGCCGAGGAUGACGGGAAGCCUCGGGCUGCCUUCUCCAAUGCGCUGGAGCCUGACUUCAAGGCCUUGAGUGUUGCUGUGACGGGUUCUGGUAGCUGCCGGCACCUGCAGUUUAUCCCCGUGGCGCCGCCCAGGAGGGUGCCUUCAGAGGCACCGCCCACGGAGGCGCCAGAUAGGGACCCUGAGAAGAGCAGCGAGGAUGACGUCUACCUGCACACAGUCAUUCCGGCUGUGGUGGUCGCGGCCAUCCUGCUCAUUGCCGGCAUCAUCGCCAUGAUCUGCUAUCGCAAGAAACGGAAGGGAAAGCUCACCCUUGAGGACCAGGCCACCUUCAUCAAGAAGGGGGUGCCUAUCAUCUUUGCAGAUGAGCUGGAUGACUCCAAGCCCCCGCCCUCCUCCAGCAUGCCACUUAUCCUUCAGGAGGAGAAGGCCCCUCUCCCCCCUCCUGAGUACCCCAACCAGAGCGUGCCCGAGACCACUCCUCUGAACCAGGACACCGUGGGGGAGUACACACCCCUGCGGGAUGAGGAUCCCAACGCACCUCCCUACCAGCCUCCCCCACCCUUCACAGCCCCCUUGGAGGGCAAGGGCUCCCGUCCCAAGAACAUGACCCCAUACCGGUCACCCCCUCCCUACGUCCCCCCUUAACCCACAAGCGCCUGGGUGGAGGCAGGGGCAGGGCAGGGCCCGGAGACAGCACGGUGUUGUCUGGAGACCGGGGGCCUGCAGACCGUCGCCCGCCGGGAGCCGGCACCUGACUAGCACACGCUGACCCGCGCGGGGCCUGGACUGGCCUGCCCUCUCUGGUCCUCUUGAGCCCCAAAGCGGCUAGAGAGACUUUGGGGACAUUUUUACUUUUAUUUUUUGCCUAACAGCUUUUUGUUUGUUCAUAGAAAAUUCUUCGCUGCGUUUUUGAUGGCUGGCUGUGAAAGCACCAUUUGGCGUAGAAGUAGAUGGAGGGAGCGAGGAACCGUGAAUGAACUCGCAGGCAGUGCUGGGCGGCCUCCCAGCUCUCUGCGUUUUGCCUUUAACACUAACUGUACUGUUUUUUCUAUUCACGUGUGUCUAGCUGCAGGAUGUAACCUGGAAAACAGUAGCUAAAGAUUAAAUUCAAAGGACUUUCUUAAGGUUAAGUUUUUACAUUUAAUCUGCUGUUUACCUAAACUUGUAUGUAUAAUUUUUGGGUGGGUAUGGGAAAUUGCUUUGCUAAGAAUAAGCUCCCAGGGUGUUUCAAACUUAGAGAAGACCAAGGGACAGUAUUUUUUAAUCAAAGGAAUCCUAUUUUUUCACACUAUGUAAACUGGGUUGCUCUGAUACCCCAGAGUUGGACUGGGGGCCUCCCGGCCCUGGCUCCUCGAGGGGGGCCGGGGCCCUGGUGCUGGGCUUGCUCCCCCGCUGCGGCCAGGGGCUGGAAGCUGGAGGGGCCUCUCUAGGAGGGGCCGUGGACACUCACACCCCACCCCGCGCAUGCUAGCGGCUUACCACCGAGGGGUCUUCAUUUCCAUGGAAAGGGGACUCCGAGAGGCAGCGGGCCAUGGCCCCCAACCUAGGUGCUCCAGGGUGGACCAGCUGCUCAUGGGGGUACCUGGGGAGGUCGAGGGACUCGACCACAUCGACCUAGUUUCUUUUACCCGUCUGUGUUCUUCCCCUCCUAAAAGGAAUAUCAUGGUUUUUGAAACACUCAGUGGGGGACAUUUUGGUGAAGAUGCAAUAUUUUUAUGUCAUGUGAUGCUCUUUCCUCACUUGACCUUGGCCGCAUUGUCCCAACAGUCCACAGCCCCCACCCUGACCCACCCCACCCCAAUUCUCUGGCGCUCCUGUCCCGGACCUGGGGCCUGAAUGGCUGGGAAAGUCUGGUGGCUGGGGAGGAGUGCCGGCAAUAGUUCAUAGUGAAAAAUCUGUGGGCUCUCAAAGCUAAUUUUUUACUAAAGUUUUUAUACAGCCUCAAAUUGUUUUAUUAAAAAAAUUUAAAACGGUGAUGCUUACAGCAGUUUGUACAAGCUCUUAGUGUUGAUUCCACGGAACUGACGGCUUUGCUCAUUUUUAUUUUACUUUGUCCCCUCCUUUUCCUAAUGGUUUAAAUUCUGGAAUUACACUGAGGCUUCUUUGGCCUUUUUUAGCAGAAUGCCCGUCCAUCCACCUGCAUCUCUGUCCCGUGACUCAGGGGCACCCCCUGUGCUUUGAUUCUCCUCCUUUGGAAGACACCAUUCUGAGCAUGACUCCUUAACGUCUGAGAGUUACUGGGGUACCUUUUAGGGAGGGAUGCCUUUUGCAAUAAUGUGGUCGAGGGUAGGUGGGUGGACCCAGGCUCCCUUUGCACACCAAGCAGCCACUUCUAAGCCAUAUAGACCUUUCUGCAGAGGACUCGUGUGUUCUGCCUUGGGAGGGAGGGCCGGUCAGAGGGGAGGGGCCUCCACCCUGCCCUCCCAAGGGCCUUCUGCUGUGCACCUGCUCCCACAGGGCCCAGCCACUCUCUCCCCUGCCCAGCCUCUGUGGGAACCUGAGUGGGCAGUGCCCCGGUUCGGGGAGCAUGCAGAUGAAGGCUCAGUGGACUUCUGGUGGCUGGGCCUUGUGCCUCCAAGCCCUGGUCCAAGCCAGAGUGCCCUAAGUGCCCCGGAGUUAGGAGCACGAGUGGGAUCUGAACUGGUGAGAUUAUUUUUGAUAACCUCAUCAAAAAGUAAGCAAUUCUCAGUGUUCCAGGUGAGGGCUCUGAAAGGCCUUCCAAACAGCUCAGUUGCCCCUAGCAACCCCACCACGGGGCACUGCCAUGCAGAGAUGCGGCUGGCCCGGAAUGGCCUGUUGCCAUAGCAACGGGAGGCGCCAGGGCAGUGAACAGAAUAACAACAGCAACAAUGCCCUUGCAGGCAGCCUCCUCCCCUGAGCAUGGGCUGGCAAUGGCCGCUGGACUCUGAGACAGUCCGUCUCACAUUCGAAUGUCCACCAACCACUGACGUGUUUUUAUUUCCUUCUAUAUGAUUUUAAGAUGUUUUCUGCAUUCUGUAUAGAAACAUAUCAAACUAAAUAAAAGCAGUGUCUUUAUUACAA